UACUCGAUUUAUCYUCAUACACCGUACCAUGCUAAACAAACGGGAAGUGGGAAAGGGACAAGCUUUAUGAAAUUUAUCGACCUUUGAAAAGAUUGUGGAGUGCCGGAAAUAUAUAUAUUUUUUGUAAAUCCCUUCAGCUACCUAGUUAAUUAUAUCGGAUAAGUUCUAGGAGUGKCCAUUCAAGCGGUACUUCUGCAUCCAGAGCAAGAGACUCGGGUGUAGGACAUGGCAAGUAGGGGUGGUGCAACACGACCCAAUGGGCCGAACACAGGCAACAAGAUCUCCCAGUUCAAAUUAGUACUCUUAGGGGAGUCCGCCGUGGGAAAGUCCAGUCUUGUACUUCGCUUCGUCAAGGGCCAGUUUCAUGAAUUCCAAGAGAGCACAAUCGGAGCUGCCUUCCUGACUCAGACAGUAUGUUUGGAUGACACGACAGUCAAGUUUGAGAUAUGGGACACAGCUGGUCAGGAGCGCUACCACAGCUUAGCACCCAUGUACUACAGAGGUGCCCAGGCCGCAAUCGUGGUCUACGACAUCACUAACAAAGACUCCUUUGCACGAGCAAAGAACUGGGUUAAGGAACUUCAGAGACAAGCCAGUCCAAAUAUUGUAAUAGCGUUGGCUGGGAACAAAGCUGACCUUGCAAACAAAAGAGCAUUGGAUUUUCAGGAUGCCCAGUCAUAUGCAGAUGAUAACAGUUUACUGUUCAUGGAAACAUCAGCAAAGACCUCUAUGAACGUUAAUGAGAUGUUCAUGGCUAUUGCAAAGAAAUUACCCAAGAACGAGCCUCAAGCUGACGGCGCGUACAGUGGGCGGAACCGGGGAGUGGAUCUUACGGAGGCAGCUCAGCCGGCCAGUCGCUCCUGCUGCAGUACCUAAACCUGGCCCACUCUUCCCACAUGCACCUUCCCCCUCUCCUCCUAACUUUGAAUAACAUCUGGACAUGGUGUUCCCCUUUCUGACAUCAGACCUUCCACCUCUCGUCCUUUCUCCCCAGAAUAGCUAAAGACUCUGUAUAGCUGCAUUUAAAACUUUUUUGUUUGUUUUUACUUACACUUUUUAAAAUAAAUGUCAGUAUAAUGUAUGCAUGUAUCACUACAAGGCCUAAAACAUUUUUUUUUUUUUUUUACUUAAUUCAGUUGGAAGACUAACCUCUAUGAGAGAGAGAAAGGUGUGUGUCUGAUUCCCUGAAGAGAAAGUGUAAACUAGGUCAUAGGGUUAGUGGACUGGGGAUAAAAGUAAGUUGUGUUUUUCCAACCAAAACAAACCAAAUUCCCCCAUUGUUAAAUGCCUGGAGGCUAUGACUGUUUGUACUGAGUAUAAUAACAUUAUUGAAGCAGUGUCAGGCACGGACUGUCAAACCAAGCAUUCCACUUCCUGGCACCUGCUGCCGAGACGACGACAUCUUCGUCUGCAGAGAAGUUUGGCGAGAACAUCCAACGCCAUUACACAACUGGCCCACUGCAACCGGUUGCACAGGAUUUAAGGGUGGUUUUGUGAUUGGAUGGCUGGUGACUGCAAGUUUGUCACAUCUAUGAUGACUGGCUUGUGCAUCAUGGGAAGUCCCUCUUGAAAUCACAACAUUCUCUGGUUGAUGCAUUGAUUUAAUGAAGAACACUGAGACAGUUGAACAUGCUCCGACAAGCAUUGUAAAUUGUCUUGUUAAGACRUUACAUAUGACUAGUCCUUUGUUUCCCCAAACUGCUAUUGUUGAACUAUCAACUUGUCAGAAUUAGUGGUGUUUAAAAUUAGGCCUCAAAACAUGCACCAACAUAAGUCUUGACUAUUACCUAUCAUCAGUCUGUGYAAUAUUACUCUGUUACAUAGGGUGUUGCAAUGUUGUCUUCUACCAAUACAUCUUGGAGGGCAUAAGCUUGUCUGGAAGAUGUCUAGAGAUUUCGAACAAUUGUACAGUACACCAUUGUAGGUCUAGGUCAGCUAUGGAUUUAUUACCUUGUCACAAACUGGUUAAAUGCUAAUCAAUGGUGGUCUUUUUAAAUAUGUAGUGUUAUUAACAAUUCAAUUGCAACUCACCUGUGUCUUGGUACUUUUCUCAAAAUGGUCUGUUCAUAUUUCAGAGGACUCUUAUUGCAUUGAACAAUUGUUGGUUAUAUUUUAAUUKAUGACUGGCCGUUACAUUUUAUAAAACUGAUACACUGUGUUGGACUUGCUAACCUAUUGCCUCAAACAACCGAUAGUGGGACUAACUGACUGGUAGUCUUUCUGAAGCCAGGUGGAUUUAACAAUGUAAAACAUGACUAGUGAAGAAGGACUGAUCAGUUUGAGUGUCAGGGUACAAGUCAAUAAAUUCAAUAAAUUAGG